UGUCAGAUAGUGAUGAUAGUUGUUUAGUUUUACCUGACCCAAAUCCAGAUCUUUCAAAGUUCUCCCUCUUCGAAACGCCCUUAGUUCCCAAGGAAGAGCAGUCUGCUUCUUUAUCUAAAGGAGCAAAAUUAUCAGACCCUGGCAGUGACACAGAGACAAUCUCCACAAUAGAUUUGUGCGUUAGAAAGAAGAAGCCAAACGUCUCGUUGUCCACUUACAUUUCGCGCCCAAAUAAGGCAUCUCUUAAACCUCAGUUGGAGCAACUGAACUCGAAAUCAACUGUCACAGUUAAAUCAAUGCUGUCUAGAGAGAGUAAACGAAGGAAGGUUGAGAAGACUGGUAACAAAGUUGAUUCCUCACGGAUAGUCAAUUUAUUCAAUUCUGGUCUAAAAGUUGCAGAAAUAGCUGAAAAGUUUAGUAUUUCCAAGAAAUGUGCUCAGCAGAUAGUUGAAAAACAUGCUGGUCCAGCAGAACCUCAAGUUCUACCCCCUCCUAAGAAACGAGGAGUACCCAAAUUUCCGCAGGAUCCUGCCUCCAUGACUGCCCUCAGAUCAGAACGACCUCCAAUGAUAGUUCCUAGCGAAAUUAGAGAUAAGAUAACUCAGAACGAGCUAAAAUUGGGACGGAGAAAGAGCCAAGUUGCUGAUGGGCAGGUCUCUGAGAAGGUCUCACCGCCCAAAGGAGCACAACAGAAAGUCAAAUACCAGUGCAAAUACUGUCCUUGUGCAGUUUUCAACUCUGAUACUCCCGAGGAGAAGAAGUUUCACUAUAACAAGAACUGUUUAGGAAUUGGGAAGAAAAUUGUAACAAUCCAGAAGGAGCUCAGAGACAGAUCAUCCCAGCAAGUAGAGGCAUUGAACAGUCAUUUUAUCAAACAAGGACCUCUCUUCAUUUGUGCGUAUUGUCAGAAACAAGUGGAAUUACUGCAAAACUGUAAAAUAGCUGUUGCAAAGUAUCUUCACCUUGAUCUGUACCAUAAAGAGAUUAAGCCGGAGAUUAAAAGGAUAACGACAAUGUCAGACAUCCAGAGGAUUAUCUCUGGCAGCUCAUCCGCAAAACCAAUAGUCUGCAUUAAGGCAGGAAGUGCCAUGCCACUGUCGAAGAAGUUGCAGUCUGGGGUAAGUGUUGAUUCUGAUUCGAAAUGGCAGAAGCCUGCUUCCAGAACUCUACCUAAGUUUGUGAAGAGAUCAAUUUCAUUACCCCAAUCUUGUUCAUCAGACUUUCCAGCGUCUUCAUUAAGAGCAAAAACAUCUUCAACUGAAUCAUCAGAUAGUGGCGUUACAGUGACUACUUUUAAGAAUGAUAAGAGCAGAAACCGCUUUAAAAGGAAGACGAGUUCGUCUUCUGAAGAGGGACAGAGGAGGGCCAAACGACCGUCCAUUUCACCGCGAAUCCCACAAGCCUACGUCAAAGAAUCUUCUUUGUCGCCUGAAACUUCUUCCAGAGAAUCCUCUCCAGAUAUAGAUAGUCAGAAGAGGAGGAAAGAACUAGAAUCCCAACUCACAACCUCUGAUGUAAGGCGGAUAGAUGGUAAUGAGGCUUUUGUUCGCCGUCAGUACUCUUUAGUAAACGAAGGUUCCACCAAAAAACAAAAGUGCAAGCACUGUGGAUCUUACUUCAAGAAUCUCCUCACAACCCUGCAACUCCAUUUAAAGGACAAGUGUACGAAUUUCUGGAAAAUCCGUCACCAAAGGAACAAACGACGUGAGGCAGAGAAGAAAGUUCCGGAAUCCUUGCCUUCCAACAAAGCUAAAAAGACAAUCCUAGAGACUGAAGAAACACCCUCGCGCAACAGCAGCACAUCAUCAAGUAGCGGACCGUGCAGACUACGCGCCUCUUCCUCAGGUAGCGAAGGGUUGCCCAGACAACACGCCUCUUCCACAGACGAAGAGGUAAAUGCUGCUGCUGAUUUCGAGGAGGAGAAGGAGAAUACUCUGGGGAAAGAGCAGUCGGAGAAGAUUUUGACUUUUAAGAUCAUCAAGGAGCUGAUCUCAGAGGGUCUUCUUACAGAUUACGAGAAGAAGAAUAAGAAGUGUGUACACUGUUCACGUGGUCACUUAGAGUUGGCAUCCUGCCAGCACAAAGAUAUGUGGCAAUGGGAGUGUGAUAAGUGCCUGCAAAGAAUACCUGUAAGGAAGGAUUCAGUGAUCAGAUACUCCGACAUUACACUGGAAUAUUUCUCUAGGUUAUACAAGGAGUACAAGGCCGGAACAACUGUGGAAGUGACGAGCGGUCUACUCCACUUAUCUAUUAAUGAAGUAAAGAAAAUCUACGAUAACAUCCAUAAAGAAGUAGCAGCAGAUAAGACGAAGGUAAAGCCCGAGCCAGUGGAGUUCAACAUCGUAACUCCAAGUUCUGAGCCUGUCCAGUUGUUUUCUUCACCUGAGCCGGGCUCUCCUCCUCCUGGACCCAGUAACUGCUCUACUCCCACUCCGACCCCUACUGGUCCCACUCCGACCCCUGCAGCUGCCUCACCUGGUACCACCACUCAAUCCUCUGCUAAAAGAGCAAACUACAGAGAGAGUAAACCGUUUGAGUACGGGAUAAUGCCUGCAACAGUCAAGACUGAACCCAUUGAUGAGACUUACAACGUGGUGUUUAAACGUGACCCAGAUGGUAAACUGUGUGAAGUGCACCUCAGAACAGAAUGGAUGUACGGGGAGCAGGACAGGUGCAGCGAGGUGGCCCAGUUCAACAGUACGCUCUGUGCAAAACAUGAAAAUAGGAUUAGCCUAAAGGAAAUGACAAUGGCUGUUGGUUCUGCUGUUGUAAGGAGAGGAGGAGGCUCUGGUCGUGCUGGAAGUAACCCUCCUUCUUCUCGUCCUGAUACUCCUGAUAUGAAACCACCCUCAAUUGAACCCUCUGCUCCAGCCUCUAUCUUUGCAGAAGAAGAAGAGGAUGAUCUUCCUGAUCCGUUUGAUGAGGAAGGAGGAAACACCCCUGAGAACAGUAAAGAACAAGCCGCCCCUGUACAAGAGGAGGAGGAAGAGGCGGAGGAGGAAGAGGCGGAGGAGGAAGAGGCGGAGGAGGAAGAGGCGGAGUCAAGUCUUCAGAUAGAUGAGGAUGAUCACGCUGUAUUUGAUACGGACGAGGAGGAGCAGCAGCUGGAGGAGGAGAAUAAACAACAAGUAGGAGUAGAGGAGGAGCAACAAGAGGAGGAGGAGGAGGACGAUGAAGGGAUAGAUAUAGUGGAGGAGGAGGAACAGGGAUCAUUCUUCAUGUCUCCCCUACCUGCCACCGCAGAAGAAGACCCCCUUCAGACUUAUGGAACAAUUCCUGUCCCUACAUUCGCCCCUGCCACCGGACCAGCUCCUACCACCGGACCAGCUCCUGCCAUCGGACCAGCUCCUGCCACCGGACCAGCUCCUACCACCGGACCAGCUCCUACCACCGGACCAGCUCCUACCACCGGACCAGCUCCUACCACCGGACCAGCUUCUACCACCGGACCAGCUCCUACCACUGGACCAGCUCCUACCACCGGACCAGCUCCUACCACCGGACCAGCUCCUACCACCGGACCUGCUCCUACCACCGGACCAGCUCCUACCACCGGACCAGCUCCUACCACCGGACCAGCUCCUACCACCGGACCAGCUCCUACCACCGGACCAGCUCCUACCACCGGACCAGCUCCUACCACCGGACCAGCUCCUACCACCGGACCAGCUCCUACCACCGGACCAGCUCCUACCACUGGACCAGCUCUUGCAACUACGCGCUCUACCGCAUCCCAAUGUGAGAGUCAGAUGUUUCCCAAGGUAACGGAGGAGAUGAAGCGAGAACCUUCCCCCAAAUCUAUAUUCGAGGGAGAAACUAUUCUCGAGUUUGACCUACAGAGGUGGACUGAAGACUGUUUAAUGUCGAUUAGUAAGAGUCCAUCACCCUUUACUGUCAUGCUGGACAAUUGCUUAGUUUUUACCUCUAUGCAUCAAAUCAAAGAAAAGUUUGAAGACAGAUCUUUUCAAGAUUGUCUCAAUUCCAUGUGGCUACUAACCUUGCGGAUGGAGAACUUUGGGUUAAGAGGAUUUUGUGGUUUUGUUGUUAUGCUCCAAUACUUACAGAUACGAAUGUUGUCUGCCUCUAUAAAGACGAAGUUGCUGUGCGAGGCAGAGAUUGAUCGGGCGUUGAAUAGUAAACUUGAUAUCUUCACGCUUCUCUUACUCCACCGGCUCUCCCUUCAGAAGGAAAUGCAAACGUGUACAUACACCCCAAGCCGGAUAUGUAAAACUAUAAAUUUGAGGUUACUAGAAAUGGCGCCUGAAGAAAAUUCCCAGGUAAUGAAUAUGGUAACCUCUUCGUACUCUAACAUGAACACCAGAUUCCUUUACGAUCUCCGUUCUACAGCUCACGAACUAAAGAGUCUUGUGUCAAUACUUGCUAUAGAGCAACUCCUACAGGACAAGUUCAACCGAUCCCAACCCAUGGGAAAAUUGGAUUGUAUAAACCAGUAUCUAGCUCAUCUUUGCAGCUUGACGGGCGAUAACAAACUGUGGCCAGAUGUAUCUGAGUUACGUACACACGGCAUAACCUCUGUCUUAAGAUGCAUAGCAGGAGAGGUGUACCUAGCAACAUUGUCCCAACCAGGACACUCCCAACCAGGACACUCCCAACCAGGACACCCUCAACCAGGACACUCUAAUACUGAGCUAGUUUCUAGGAGGAGGAUUCUCUCUCAACUUACGCACUCCCUCACUUCUGCCGAGAAGACACGCCUAGUGGAACAGUUACAAGUCUGCGGUUUAGUGGAUCCUGGAGCGUCUAUCAGACCAAAUAUUUCAGGUGCUUUCGGAGAGGUGUCUAGCUCAGAAGACCGACCACCUGUCCGAGUUGAAACCUCUGAUUUCGCUGUGCAAGAAGACUUGUACGAGUCAACUUGGACACCCCGUCCGGAGUACGACUACAGAUUAUUGGGGCCAAUUGAAAGAUUGCGACACAACAACAACCUGAUCGUUGCCAAGGUGGCAAAGUUGGAGGAUGUAUCCAAAGAUAAUGAUAAGGACAUAAACGAAAACAAUAUCCACAUCACAUCGCUCGAGUCCUCUCUGAGACGGAGACAAGCGCUGAAGAUAGAGCUGGAAACUAGAGAUCAGCGUGUAAAACAUUUCAGAUCCAUGAUUUUAGCGCAGAGAGCAACAGAUGAAGGAAACAGAUGAGGUUAUCUUGUGUUAUAUCUAAGUGAGAUAUGAUUCCUAUCCCGGGGUAUAGCUGCAGAAGAGCCCGCUGUGUUGACGUCCUGAUGAAGUUGAUAAUGAUGAAGAAGUUGGAGCUGUGAACACUACUGCCAGGCCAAUAUGCAACAAGGGAAAUGAAGACAAUAAUCUUAAAAUGACAGGUCAUGGUGUGAAAGAAGGAAUAGGUGACAAAUAAUUUUUGGUAUAGGAUUGAGCAGAGUCAUUAUUCAUUGUAGAAUAUCACAUAGAUCUAUCAUAGAAAUUUGUUUCGCUAAAAAUGGUUUUUGAUAUUAAUUAUCAAGCUUUUUAAUUUGAACCUAAAAUUGACAGUUUUUAACUUUUUAUCUUUAUUAAUCAAACUCCAUGCUCAAGCAUUCUAAGAAUUUUUAUAUAUUUUUCCACGACUCUUGACUGGCUGCGGUUAACUUAAAUUUGAAUACUUUGUAGAAACGAUCAUUUUUAGUUAUAUAUAUAGAUUUAGUUACCGUACAGUUAGGGGUCGUUCACAUAUUACGUUAUCAUUUUUUGGAUCAU